GAGACACUCUGGCGUCUGGUCUUCUUCUUACCCCUCCCUAAAGCCUGAGGCGGCGGCGGACUGAUCGCUUUCUCUUUACACAUCCAACCCAAGCAAGUCCUUUGACAGAUGGGAAGGGGAUGAGUGGGACUAACUAUUAAACUAUUAAUGCACCCCUUUUGAGUUUUGACCAAAAUCUUGUUCCUUUCUUUUUUUUUUUUUGUGGUCGGAGAAGAUGGCUCUUGUUCUUGGCCAAAAUCGGAAUCAGCCAAUAUGUAGGAGCGAAUCAUUUUCAGUUUCAUGGGAGCACGACUACACGAUGAUGGAGAAGAGGCAGUUGUUCUUGAGGAGCUACCAGUUCUGCAGAAAGAGGAGCCUUGCUGAAAGGAUUAAGGGAUCGUUGGUUGGGGUGAAGAAGGUGAUCUGGUUCAGGCUCCGAUCGGCACGUAAACUGAGGAGGUUGGUGUGGUCAAGGCUCAGAUUUGCGUUUUACUACCGCCGGAGAAGAUUCGUCCGCCUCGUCAACAACUACCACCACCGCCAAAAUCGAAUGUCCUCCUGCUUCUGGUAGGAUUCGUUUUUUUAAUUGGAGUUGUAUUUUUAGAUUUUAGCCUGUCUCUGUUAUGCACCGUGCUGUAUUAUAAGUAAUUUCCUUUACCCAUACUAGGGAUUAGGAUAUACAAAACUUCCUCAGACUUGGGGUUUUGAUUAAGAUUAACACAAGUAUGUGCUUAAUUUCUUUAAUAUAACAAAGAUAUUUAU